AUGGUUGGCAGCCUUAUGUAUUUGACUGCAACCAGACCAGACUUGGCUUUUGUGGUGAGCUUAAUCAGUAGAUACAUGGAAAGACCAACUGAGUUGCAUCAACAAGCUGUAAAGCGAGUUCUUCGUUACAUCAAAGGAACUACUGAACUGGGAAUCUUCUAUAAAAGAGGUGGAGAGGAGAAAUUGGUGGCCUAUUCAGACAGUGAUUAUGCAGGAGAUGUUGAAGAUCGGAAAAGCACAUCUGGGUACGUGUUCUUGCUUAGUUCAGGUGUUGUAGCUUGGUCUUCAAAGAAACAACCAGUAGUCACUCUUUCGACAACUGAAGCUGAGUUUAUAGCUGCUGCCUCUUGUGCAUGUCAAAGUAUAUGGAUGCGUAGGAUUCUUGAGAAGCUCGGUCUUCAGCAAAGUAAGUGCACUGAUGUCUUUUGUGAUAAUAGCUCUACCAUUAAAUUAUCAAAGAAUCCUGUUAUGCACGGAAGAAGCAAGCAUAUUGAUGUUAGAUUUCAUUUUCUUCGUGAUUUAACGAUGGAUGGAGUUGUUAAAUUGGAGUAUUGUGGUUCAAAAGAUCAGUUAGCGGAUAUUAUGACUAAGCCUUUGACGCUUGAAGUGUUCGAAAGAUUGCGAGAGCUGCUUGGAGUUUGCUCAGCACAGAGACUUUGA